GAAUUUUUUUUCAUUACAAAAUAUUCCAUUAUUAUUAGACGGUCGGAUUAUCUCUCCCAUCUCUCUGUUCCUGUCCUGUCUGAAUCCCGGAAUUGUCCGAAAAUUGACACUCUCCGGUGUAAUCUUCUAAGAAAGGAAGCGAAUUUUUGGAAUCGAGAGAUUUGGCGUUGAUGGCGGCGAGCGCGAAUCCGCCGGGGAACAAUCAGGAAGGUUCGUCGGCGGCGCAGAAGGUGUCUCCGGCGGCGAAUGGAGCUGCUGUAAAUUCGGUGGAUAAUGGUGGCAAUACGACGGUGGAUAAUUCAGAGACGAUAAGCGCGUUGAGGCAUAAUCCAGGGAUCUCUGUUGAUUGGACUCAUGAGGAGCAAUCUUUAUUGGAAGAUUUGCUCGCAAAGUACGCGUCAGAGCCUACUAUUGUUCGUUAUGCCAAGAUUGCAAUGAAAAUGAAGGAUAAAACUGUUAGAGAUGUUGCUUUGCGUUGUAGAUGGAUGACUAAAAAAGAAAAUGGAAAGCGUAGGAAAGAAGAUCAUUCCUCAAGGAAGAGCAAAGAUAAGAAAGAAAAGACAACAGAUUCUUCAGCCAAGUCCUCAUCUCAUAUGAAUGUGCAUCCGAAUGGUCCUUCAUAUGCUCCUCCUAUGAUGCCUCUAGAUACUGAUGAUGGCAUUUCAUAUAAAGCUAUUGGUGGUGUGAGUGGAGAUCUUCUCGAACAAAAUGCUCAGAUGUUCAACCAAGUUUCCACAAACUUCUCAGCUUUCCAGAUUCAUGAGAACGUCAAUAUCUUGUGCAAAGCUAGGGACAACAUCCUCUCAAUCUUGAACGACUUGAAUGACAUGCCAGAGGUUAUGAAGCAGAUGCCACCUCUUCCUGUGAAGGUGAACGAAGAGCUGGCUAAUUCAAUCCUCCCUCGCCCGCCGCAUCAAAAGAAGUCAUGAUGAAUCUUAAAGAGCCAUCUGUGGUUUGGUUCUGACCAAAAAAGUACUCUCUCCACACACCAGGAUCAGUGAAGAAAGGAAUAAAUCGUGGGAUGUAGAGAGAGUUCCAAUGGUAAUGGAUGAUGAUAGGAUGCAGGUUUUCUACUUUACUCAUAGAGUUACUACUAGUCUCUGUUGCAGUUUCAGUCGUCUAUGGAUUUUUUUUUUUAGCAUAUGGUUACAUGUGAGUAGGGGGAUUUGUAUUGUCGCUUAGGAUGUGAAUAGAUUUCAAAUGUUAAGGUAAAAGUUUGUGUGUAAAAUUGGUUUCAAGCUGAAUUUGAGAUUACAAGAGCUAUGCUACAGAUGAUGGUGAGAUGUUAGUUUAGAAGGAAACGAAUGUACUCAUUAUUUCUUGUAAUAAUAAAGCUGAAUGUUCCGUAACA